CGACACCUGAAGGCGCCUUUGGUUUUCAUGCAGCACGAAGGGCGCCAUGGGCGGCUCAAAAGUUGCAAGGCUGAGGAUGCAGCAUGUUCCUGACGCAAUCUCGCAAGCCAUGGCCGUUACGAAACGCCUGCAGCGGAUUGCAUUGUCAAGCCACAGACGCCCGUGGGGCCGCCAUCUGAUAGGCACGCUCGCCCGGAUGGCAGAAGUGUUGGUUACUCGACGUGUGAGCAUCGAGGUGAGCACCACGCGCGGACUGGGUGAGCAGCUCCUUCAUCCUCACCACCCACCGCGGCAUCCACCACACCAAGCACAUCCGCUAAAGCAGCGAGACCCCGCAACAAGCGUUGCCGAGCCCUGUAGUAUCCUUGUCAUCGUGCUGGCGGGUCCCUGGACAUCCCGUUGUGCUCUGGCCCAUGCAUUUGCCAAUAAUGGCGCCCCCAUCUGCCUCGACUCUCGAUUGCUCAACGCCACGGAUCAGGCCUUGCUCUCGUCGGCGUUUUUCUCCACCCCCCCCUGGUCCCUCUGCACGCUGGAGGAGCCCUCCAUGUUCACGCAGCCCUCACAUUCUCUUUCGAGAAGGACACCCUUGUGCCCUACAGCACACCUGAUCCCAGCGUCCUUCGAUUCGCCAGAAGCCUCUCCGCUUUUCCUUCGUCUUGAAGGGUCACGUCCCGAGGUACCGUACCCCUGUGCUUUCGAUCUUGCCUUGGGGCCCUGCUAGCCCUCGAGGACAGUCACGCUUGUUGUGGUGUAACAAACUGCUCCCAGAUCCUCGAAGGAUAUCAUGUUUCCCCAAGAAGCCCUCUGCCCUGGCGGUGGUCUGACCCCAGUCUUUGGUCUUCUCUUAACCUCGAUUUAUCCGGAUCGUCGAGUUGAUAGUGUCGUCAAGCCUUUUCUGUCUGAAUGAUCUGUCCCUGCCUCCCCUGCCGCUAUCGCUGAUAUAGCCUCCGUGGUGUUCCAGAAAGUUAUUACAAAGGGCCCCGUACCGUCGACCAAGACUGGACGCGUUCAGAUAUUUGGAGCUAAACGUCUGCUCACCUCACUGUCUGUCAACGUCCUCGGCCACCGUCCAUCUUUAUUUGGCUCACGGUAUCACCUCCUCAACAGCUUCUAUUUCGAGCCCUUGUUACACCAAAACUCCGCGCCCCAUUCCUUUCUUGGGGGUGCGACAUCAGCCAUUCAGCCUUGGUCCUGCAUAU